UGCAAACUGUUGCUCUCUUUCUCUCUCCCUCUCUCUCUCCACUCCUCAGCAGAAAUGCAGCAGAGCUUGAUCUGACUUGUCCUGCCUGCAGCUGGAAGUGCCUUCUUGCUCUCCGGGAUUUUGUUUUUGGGUGCUUUUUCACACACUGCGAUAUGGCCAUUUCUAUUUCUCUCCAGGGUUUGGGGCUCAUCAUACUCGCAGCAGUCCUCCUCCAGACUAUCGCGGUGGCCGUCAGUUUUAUGUACUUCAACAAAGUCCUGAAUACGAUGCAGGAGAGCUUCUCUCGGAGCAGCGUGUCUUGUCUGAUGAACGCAAAUAUGCGCUUUGGGUAUGAAGAUUCAGCAGCUGAGGACAAGAAGAGUGACCCCUGCUGGCAAGUCACUCAGCAGCUGCACUACCACAUUGAGAAGACCAUGGCAGACAGAUUCCAGAAGGAGAUAUCCACUGCUAUGAGAAAUAAGCUGACAGGAGUGCCUCCUAUCCUGAACCCUGGGGUCCGAGGGGUCCCUCUUCCCAAAGUUGCAGCCCACGUGACCGGUGUCGUCUCCUCCACAGAUCCUCCAACAGCAGAGGGCUCUCGGAGCAGCAGGGGCUACCUGGGGGAGCGCAUCAGAGCGUGGGAAGGCCAGAGAGGUCUGUCCUUCUUAGAAAAUAUGGAGCUGAAGGGAGGAGAGCUGCUGGUUCCCAGAGCAGGCCUCUACUACAUCUAUGCACAGACCUACUUCAGACUAUCUUCCACCGGGGAGACAGAGGUGGAGGCAAAAGGGGAAGUGGGGGACCCAAAGGAGGAGGAAGGAGCACAGCUUCUCCAAUAUAUCUACAAAAAGAUGAGUUCGUACACAGUUCCCAUCCUGCUGAUGAAAUCAUCCCGGAGCGCCUGCUGGCCUCGAGGUCAGGGGCCCGGCCUCUUCUCUCUGCAUCAGGCUGGUACUGCGUUUCUACAACCUGCCGACCGCCUCUUCAUCACUGUUAGCAAUGCCAGUGCCAUGGAGAUGGACGGGAGAGCCAGCUACUUCGGGGCCUUCCUGGUGGGCUAAAGGGUAGAGAACCUCACAUAGAGAUGUCCUGGACUGGGCUGAUUUUUUGAAAAAGACAUCGACAGUGGAAGACCCAAAUGUCAGGGGUUUGCUUGAUGAUAUGAGCGUCUGUCUGAGGGUACAGGAAAGCAGAAGAAUGGACUGUGAGGAGUGCAAAGGAACUUCUUCAGGGCCAUGAUGCUACAAGCUUAUGAUCAAACUGAUCUGCAGUGGCAGACUCUCAGUCACCCAAAAUGGCAUGGGGGAAAGAGCCAUUUGGUGUGUGUUUACUCCAGCAGUGACAAAAAUAAUUGGUCGCAGUUAAACCUGACACAGGAUAUUAAUUCUGUUUUUAAAGCUGGCAAACUGAAUGCAGAGUAAGAUGAAGAAAACUUGGAUCAAGUGGUGCAUUCAGUGCAGUGCAGUACAGUACAAUAGAUACAGAUUAAAUGUUGUGCUCUCGUGUGAAUGACUUCUAUUGAGCGUCAGAGUUGUUUUGCCUGCAGGUCAAACAGUCAAUUGAUUUGCCAUUUGCAGGAAAUGACAGUGCUGUUGGACACAUGACACUUGACUGCUCUUUUAUGAAAAAAAUAUGUAUUAAAAAUACCACAAGACAAGAUUUAAGUUGUAAUUAUGGAUGAAGCUUCUUGUAUGUUUACAGUACGUGGUUAAACUUUUUGAAUGUGUGGUGUGAAACAGAUCUUUGGUGUCCUGUAGCCUAAAAGGAAUGCACUGAUCUAGUAUAAAUGAGUGUUUUCUGACGCAUUUAUACUUCUGAUAUUUAUGAUAUUAAAUUAGUUAAUACAGGGCACAUUUCUUACAAUUCCCAGGCCCUGUUUUUGAACUAAUUUUGGUUGGACUUCAGUAUAAUGCACAUUUAUAUAGUCACAUUUUUCAGGGCUAAACAAUAUUUGCACCUUGAAUUUCAAAGGUUUGCUCUUGUCCAUUUGAAAGGCAGCAGUUCUCAUUUUACCACAAGUACUUCUCCGUGGCAGUUCUGGAGAUUUCAAUCAUAUCACAUGAUCCUCCUCAGCAGUCGGAGUGAACCCAGUUGCCCAGUGGUGAGAUUGUUUUAGUCAACUGCUAUUUCCAAGGUAAAAAAAUGAACUUUCAAACUCAAAUUUUAAGCCAAUGUGGUUGAAAAGUCUCAUAAAAUAUAUAUUUCUGUGCCAACUCCAUCUGCAGAGGAAGAUUUUGCGAUAUGAUUGAAAGCUCCAGAACUAUUGAGUAGACUUUGUGGUGAGGUUUUAGUAUUUGUACCAUUUUCCAGAUAUUUCCUAGCAUGAACAGGGGUGGGGGUUGUAAAUUACAACUACAAAUCUCCAUCCAUUGCUUUGUGAAGAAUCUGUGUGCACAUUUGUGGUA